GGAAGUUUUAGUUUGAACGAAUGUGAUCGAAGUUGGAAUGUUUUUAAAAGUAAUCGGUGGUGUAGUAUCAGACUCUUUAUUUCAAUAGCUAUGACUAAUUUUGAGCAGCUGUCGAUAUUUUAAAGGAUAAGGAAAAACCUGAGGCUUUGAGAUGAACUGCUUGCCUCUUCUGUGCGAUACUAUUCCAGAAGACCUCCAAUUGAAGCUCAGAAGAGAACUGAACGAAACAGAAGAAAAUGUUUCGAAGGGUCUACACAGCCUCAGGGAAUUCUUAAAAAGAGAAGAGAUUCCAUCGAGGACAGACGACGACUUCCUGCUGUGCUUCCUGCGCGCGCAGAAGUUCAACGCGAAGAGAAGUGAAGAGAAGCUCAAGCGAUAUUGCCGCAUGAGACAGACUCUGCACGACUUCUUCGAGGACAUCGACGUUGCCAAGAUGGAGGCAGUCUUGGACAGUCAAAUAGUCGGGUUCUUGCCCUACAGGGACAAGAAGGGAAGGGCGGUACUGUUCUCGAGGGGAUACGCUUGGAAUAAAGAAGCGUACGACCUCGUGGACUCCACGAAGUGCGCAGUACUCCUGGUUCUGUACUCUUUGACCUUCCCCCUGACUACCAUGACAGGGAUAUGCGUCAUAACGGACGCCAAAGUGGAAGCGAUCCAAGACUAUUACCACAACUUCAGGGCCUUCGGCACUCACACCUCCACUAUUAUGUCACUUCCUUGCCGCUUCCAGAGGAUGGACCUGUUCAAUGAAAACUUCAUGUGUCACUAUUUCUACGCAGCUAUUCGGCCUCUUUUAUCCACCAAGUUCUCAAAAAGGAUUUUCAUGCACGGAGAAAAGAUUGAACAGUUGAAAGACUGGUACGACCCUUCCAUAUUACCCACCGAGUUCGGUGGAACAAUGGGACCGUUGAGCAACGAGAGCUACAGGCGCACCUUUUUGGACUUCGUGCGCGAAGUAAAAUCAGAAUGUGCCUAUUUCAGCAUUCGAUGAAUCUUCCAGCACGGGAGUGCUGUUAGCCAACUUCAACAGUUUCGCCAAAUCGUGACCCACCGGUGCACCGGUCCCCCUAAUCACUAAGUACAACAAUUGGGGCAGUGAGAAGCAAAGGAUGUAAGUGGACAUUUUCAAGUUUUGAGUAAAACGCGUUUAAAGAUAACAUCCUAUGUAGGCUCUCAUGGAAAUUCUUUUCAAAAUCAUGCUGUAUAGCAGCAACUACCAGGGCUACUAGUACCAUCUCUUGCCCCACGACAGAGGAGGGGUUCCCCUACCAUGUGUACUGGCUAUCUCCAAAUAUUUUAAUUUGUCACUUACAUCCCUUUGCUUCUCGCGCUGUAAAUGUCACUUUAUUUGGACUGAUGCUUUUUUGUUUGUUUUUUUUAAGAUCAAAAUCAUUUCGCAAUGGGAAAAAGAUUCUUUUUAACAUUGAAACGUGUGUG